GUGUCAUCACUGACAAAAAGAUGAGCUGAAUUGUUUCAAAUGGUCCAUCUUAGAAUAUUUAUUUUUCUACUGGCACCACUGGGCUCCGCGUCGUUUUUCAAUCCGGACACCAAUGUGUCUAGGGUUGAUGUUUCCCAUUUAUCCCGUGCUCUAUCCUACGGAGCCAAUGAGAAACUGGUGAUUCUUCACAAAUUGCCCGGGGAAUAUGUACUUCUUGGUGGUAGAAACCAUGUCUAUAACAUCUCGAUUAGUUCAAUGCUGGAAAUUGCAAGAUAUGAAUGGACAUCAAGCGAUGAAGCCAGGACGAAUUGUGCCGCGAUAAGUCAAACUCCCGCGUCUUGUGAAAACUUUAUUCGAACAUAUUUUGAACUAACAAAUGAUACGCUCAUUUUAUGUGGAACACAUGCAUUACAACCAACAUGUGCAGAGUUUAGGAAAGGGAAUGCAAAACCGCAGCGCCUCAUCUCGGCGGUGGGAAUGUCUCCAAUCGAUGCGGAUUCUACUGCUCCAUUCAUUCGAUCCAAUGAAAACAUUAUUACAGUAAACGUGGCGGAGCUAUCGUCAUCUGAACCAUUACUUGUUCGGCGGAAUGUUAUCAAAAUGUGGAAGGGCAUUGAGAACGACGUAAUAUUGCGUACUCCACGUGGUUUGAGCUCUUUCGAGCAGGCAAACUUCUUGUCAAUGCAUAAAGUGAAAAAGGAGGUACUCUUCUUCUUCUCCGAAUCACCAAUGGAAACAGAAGGCUGCGGUCUGCAUAAAGUUGCGCGGGUCGGACGUGUUUGUGAAGAUGAUCCCGGUGGCAGACUUUCAUAUAACAAAGAAUGGAGUUCUUAUGAGAAAGCACGAAUCGAAUGUUCCAUUGAAGAAACUGAUACGGAUACAUUCUACUUUAAUCAGUUUGCCGGAGUCGCUGAAUCACCGACCUCUUUUUAUGGAGCCUUUCGUUCUCAGCUGGCAGGAAUCGGAGCUUCUGCAAUUUGUAAAUAUAGUAAAAAAGUGAUAUCGGGCAGUUUUGCGAGUGGAUAUAAGGAGUCAACACCCGACACUUGCUCUAGAGCUAAUGAUAUUGAAGAGCUGAGCAGGAUAAGAUUGAAACCACUGAUAAAGCAAAAAAUCUCUGCCAACCCAAUCUACAUAUUCCACGGAAAAGAUCGAUUUGUGCAUGUUCUUGCUCAGGAAGACACUCGAGACCUCAGCAAUCGAGCAUAUGACAUUUUAUACGUAGCAACAAACCUAGGAAAUAUUUUGAAAAUUGUUGUGCCGUCCACUGACAAAACUGGAAGACACGCGGUGACAUUGAAGGUACUUCCAACGAAUUCAAAGAUUGUUGAUAUGAGUCUAUAUUCAAAGAAUAAUCUAGAAGAAUUGAUUGUGAUCACAGAGCAAAGUGUCCUGAAAGUCCCAACAGCCACGUGUCACUUAGCUUCCAACUGCGCCGAAUGCCUAGCGCACGGAGAUCCACAUUGUGCAUGGGCUGAUGGUGUAGAUUGUAUUGAUAUUCGGACAGAUCAACGAAAAUCUGCAAGUCAAGACAGUGGAACGUGUGAUGUUGUCAGCUUCGAGAAUCAUAAGCCAGUGAUGAUUGCGCCCCUGAAAAAUAAAGAAUCAGCCAAAAUUCCAGUUUGUCUAUGUGAAACAGAAAAACAGAAAAAGCCCUGUGCCACUGAAGUCAUCCAGAAAGAGAUCGUUCUUACAGGAGGAUCAGAAUUUUGGAAGUACAUAUUGGUGUUCGCUGUCGGUGUUCUAACAGGUUCAAUCUUCCACUACUGUUAUUUCUAUUUCAGCAGGCAUAUUGGUGACAAGGCAUCUUCAUCAUCUCGUUCGUCAUCAUCAAUGACUCGACCAAUCACUACCUCGUCUUCAGCACGCCUCCCAAUCGACGCUUUCACCACGUCAUCAAUUGCAGACGAAAUGUUCUCAUCGACUCUUUCAUCUGCAAAUCGUUUCAACUCGGUUUCAAUGCAUUCCUCUAUUCGUACCUAUUGCUGAUUGUGAUUUAACGUGUGGAUGAGGUUUUACUGAGGGGAACGACACUCCGGUGUCCCUAAAAGUUUUUGAAACGUCACAUGGUGUCAGACUGUCCCAUACCGGCUUGAUCUACCUAGAUCUACGAGAAUCGCGGGAAUUUAGAGGCAGAGUUUUCAACUGAUUUUGCAUGGUUGAGAAAACACUGACGUCACAUAGUUUGGGAGAAAAAUUAUCACAUUUUUUGUAGAUGAAACCGUAAUAUGACAGCCUGACACCAAGUGAAAAUUGGCAUGCGCCUAGAACCAAUAGUUAUUAUUAAAAAUUCAAAACAUUUGAGUUUUGAAUAAUCUCAAAGUUUGAAGCGUAAAUUUCCAGGAGCCCAUGUUUCAAAAUUUCGAGCGUACUCCAAAAAAUCAUAGCCCCAUUCAAAAAAACCCACAAACAUACAUUUUAGUUACACAAUAGCUUCCUUUCCAGUUCCAAAGCUCACGGGUAUCCUAAAUAAAUUCAAUUUUCAAAAUAUUCGGGUUUCAAACUUCUAGAACCAAUUCAUUCGUCAGAUAUUUCUAUUUGUCUUGUAAAAUUAAUUUAUUUUUCUGCUUUUCUCUUGUCAUUGCCAUGUGUUUUCAAAAUAGCAAAUGAAUUGUUUUUUUUU